AUAUCCACAACCCACUGCCAUUGGCUUACAUUGCAACUCUACCAUUCCUCUGUUGCCAAAAGGGAACCCAUCUGCAAGGAAGGAAUUGUAGCGCUCCUUUCACCGAGCAUUUGGAGAAAUGGAGGCUAUGAGGUUUAAGCUAUUCGUGAUAAUGUUGGUGGUGUUGAUGGCCAUCUCUUCUGUUCAAAAAGCUGCUGCAGCUGAGGCUCCAGCGCCUAGCCCAACAUCUGAAGCUGUCAUCUUUAUGCCAACUUUCUUUGCCUCUCUUGCAGCUCUGGCUUUUGGUUUGUUAUUCUGAGCUUUUGUGGUCAAUCCAUUGACGCACGUAGAUUGGCAGCAUAAUGGUUUAUUUAUCUUUCAAACCAUUUUCUCCCUCGCCGUCUCCUUCUUUCUGUAAAUUUGACAAGUAAUGUGCUUUUUCGUGACUAUGAAAGAGUGAGGGGAAAUUGGUUGGGUUUUUGAUUUGUCCAGGUUAAUUUAAUUAUUGUUGAUUAUGUUCAUCCCAUGGUUGGAUUUGUUUGGUUGUGAUUGAUGUGUUUUUUAUGGUAUUGUAAUAUAAAUUUAAUUUAAUUGUGUAAUUUUUUUUCUUUUAUAUGGUCAGAUUUAGGGUAAUGAUGAGAUGAUGGGGAGGGGUAUGUCAUGACCGGUGGUGGAAGGUGGAUUUUGGUCUCUUUCAUGUAAUUUUUCCCCAUUGUAUUUGUAAUCCAUUUGCUGUAAUAAAUUCUAUACAUUUCUGUA